UCAUAAUCUCUGUUUUUGGUUUCGUUGCUCGAGAUAAGAGAUUGUUUGACUUUCUAAUUUGAGGUUCAUAUUCUGGUAGCUUGAUUUCCAAGACUCUUUCAUCUUGAUCAUCAAUGGGGAAGCAAGUUGAUAACACGUUCACUUGGGUGAUUAAAAAUGUCUCCACUAUGCAAGCUCAUAAAUCUAGCCGUUAUAAACAGUUCGUUGUUGGUGGCUGUAAAUGGCGUCUUAUUGCCUCUACCGAAUUUAAUGAUUUGUCUGUGUCUCUGGAAGUUCCUAUUCGUGAGUCUUUGCCUUCUGGAUGGAGAAGACAUGCAAAAAUUACCCUAACUCUAGUAAAUCAAUUGUCACAAAAAUUCUCCCGACAACAAGAAACACAACAGUGGUUUGAUCAGAAUAAUCCCCGAUUCAGUUUUCCACCAAUACUAGACCUUAAAGUAUUUGCUGAUAAAUAUGGUGGAUUCCUGGUGAAUGAUGGAAUCAUGAUUGUUGCUGCGGUAGAUGUUCUUGAAGUUAUUGGCUCAUUAGAUGAACCAGAGAAGUCUCAAAGCAUGGAUGUCAAAGGGUUUCAAGUUCUUCCUUCACAGGUGAAAUCUGUGAACUGUUUGUUUGAGAGACACCCAGACAUUGCAUCAAAGUUCAGUAUAAAGAACAAAUCUUUGAAGACAGCGUACAUGAAUGUCCUACUCAGCUUGAGUGAGACUCUCCACCAGUCACCUAAGGAAAUCUCCAAGGAUGAUCUGUCUGAUGCAAAAACUACUCUAGCAUACAUGAAAAAUGUAGGAUUCAAGGUGGAUUGGUUGGAGAAUAAGCUCGACGAGUUGUUUAAAAAGGAGAAAGAAGCUGGUGUGAUUCGUAUGCAAAAAAUUGAGGAAGAGUUUAAGGAUUUGAAGCAGAAGUGUUCAAGCCUUGAAGCUCUUCUGAAGAAGGAGAAGGCAGAUGUUUUGGCAGCCAGAACUCCUUCCUCGUUCUUUGUUACAGAUGAUGACCUAAUUAUGUGGCUUCCCCUAUUGAUGUUGUGCAUCAUGAUUAUAUUGGUGGAUCUCUUCUAAUUUUCUCAAUGGACUUUUGUUAUGGAGUUUUCAGUUGGUGUUCUUGUUUAGUU